GUUGCACUGAGGAGGCAGCAAGCCCAGGAAGAGGAGCUGGGGAUCAGCCACCCCGUGCCCUUGCCCAGCGCCCCAGAGCCAGCUGUCAAGAAGAGCAGCAGCAGCAGCUCCUGUCUCCUGCAGGACAGCAGCAGCCCUGUGCACUCCACAAGCACGGCAGCAGCAGCAGCAGCCAGUGCACCACCAGAGGGACGGAUGCUCAUUCAGGACAUCCCUUCCAUCCCCAGCAGAGGGCACUUGGAGAGCACGUCUGAUUUGGUUGUGGACUCCACCUACUACAGCAGUUUUUACCAGCCAUCCCUGUAUCCUUACUAUAACAACCUGUACAACUACUCCCAGUACCAAAUGGCAGUGGCAAGUGAGCCUUCCUCAAGUGAGACAGGGGGUACGUUUGUAGGGUCAGCCAUGAAAAACAGCCUUCGAAGCCUCCCAGCAACAUACGUGUCAAGCCAGUCAGGAAAACAAUGGCAGAUGAAAGGGAUGGAGAACCGCCACGCCAUGAGCUCCCAGUACCGGAUGUGCUCCUACUACCCACCCGCCUCAUACCUGGGCCAGGGGGUUGGCAGUCCCACCUGCGUCACACAGAUACUGGCCUCGGAGGACACACCCUCCUACUCAGAGUCGAAAGCGAGAGUGUUUUCGCCGCCCAGCAGCCAGGACUCGGGCCUGGGGUGCCUGUCCAGCAGCGAGAGCACCAAGGGAGACCUGGAGUGCGAGCCCCACCAAGAGCCCGGCGCUUUCGCGGUGAGCCCGGUCCUCGAGGGCGAGUAG